CUCACCAAACAGAGCUCAACCACUUUCCCCCGCCCCCAGCCCCGGCUAAGCAAAUCUUGUUUCCAAUCAGAGCAAAUUUGCCGCCUCCUUUUGAGUCCUUUCACCAGGCGGAGGGCACUUUCGUCCCUAUCGUCUACACACUCCCAUCAGCAGAUCUCGAACCUCACCGCCUCUCUUUCUCUCUCUCUGCAAGUAAAGCCCCUCUCUUUCUUUUCCCUCAGACGGGGCUGAAUCGAGCCGCGGCUACGAGCCAUGGGUGUUCCGGCGUUCUACAGGUGGCUAUCUGACCGUUACCCGCUGUCGAUCUCUGAUGUGGUCGAAGACGAGCCCAGAGAGGAAUCCAGUGGCGUGCUUAUACCGGUUGACGUCACUAGACCAAACCCUAACGGGUUUGAAUUCGAUAAUCUCUACCUCGACAUGAACGGUAUCAUCCACCCUUGCUUCCAUCCUGAAGGGAGGCCUGCUCCUGUCACUUAUGAUGAUGUAUUCAAAUCAAUAUUUGAUUAUAUUGACCAUCUGUUCUCUUUAGUUCGCCCAAGAAAGCUUCUUUUCAUGGCAAUUGAUGGAGUUGCCCCUAGAGCUAAAAUGAAUCAGCAACGAACACGACGCUUUAGAGCUGCAAAAGAUGCUGCUGAGGCUGAAGCUGAAGAAGAAAGAUUGAGGAAAGAAUUUGAAGAAGAAGGGACAAACUUGCUUCCUAAACAGAAAACUGAAACAUCUGAUUCUAAUGUGAUCACUCCUGGCACACAGUUUAUGGCAGUGCUUUCAGUUGCACUUCAAUAUCUUAUACAAACUAGGUUGAACCACAGUCCAGGCUGGCAGUACACAAAGGUUAUCCUUUCUGAUGCAAACGUUCCUGGUGAGGGAGAACACAAAAUUAUGUCAUACAUAAGAUUACAACGUAAUCUUCCUGGUUUUAAUCCAAACACUAGACAUUGUCUCUAUGGCCUGGAUGCAGAUUUGAUUAUGUUGGCUUUAGCAACACACGAGGUCCACUUUUCAAUAUUGAGAGAGGUCAUUACGCCUCCUGGGCAACAGGAAAAAUGCUUUUACUGUGGUCAAGUGGGUCAUCUCGCAGCCGAUUGUCGUGGUAAGCUGGAAGACUAUGGUGAAGAUUUGAAUGCCAUAGAUGCUCCUCCUAUAUAUAAGAAGAAAUAUCAGUUCCUUAACAUCUGGGUGUUGCGGGAAUAUUUACAAUAUGAUUUGGAUAUCCCUAAUCCCCCAGUUCUCAUCGACUUUGAGCGAAUAGUGGAUGAUUUUGUGUUUCUAUGUUUCUUUGUUGGUAAUGACUUCCUUCCACAUAUGCCAACACUGGAAAUCAGAGAGGGUGCCAUAAAUUUACUGAUGCAUAUCUAUAGAAGGGAAUUUGCUUCCAUGGGUGGCUAUCUUACAGAUGCGGGUGAGGUUAUGUUAGACAGAGUAGAGCAUUUUGUGCAGUCUGUCGCUGUUAAUGAAGAUCAAAUCUUUCAGAAGAGGACUCGUAUACAGCAGUCUUGGGAAAAUAAUGAAGAAAUGAGAACGAAGGCGAGAAGGGAGUCCUCUGAAGAGCCACAGGCACCAGUCACUGACAAGGUCAAACUAGGGGAGCCUGGUUACAAAGAAAGGUAUUAUGCUGAGAAAUUUGAGACAUCAAAUCCUGAGGAGAUUGAUAGAGUUAGAAAAGAUGUGGUGUUGAAAUAUGUUGAAGGUUUAUGCUGGGUGUGCCGCUACUACUACCAAGGUGUUUGUUCUUGGCAAUGGUUUUACCCGUAUCAUUAUGCUCCAUUCGCUUCAGAUAUUAAAGAUCUAGAUGAUGUCGAAAUAACAUUUUUUCUUGGAGAGCCAUUUAAACCAUUCGAUCAGCUUAUGGGAACCCUACCAGCUGCAAGUUCUAGUGCUUUGCCAGAAACAUACAGAAAAUUGAUGACUGAUCCAUCAUCGCGGGUUCAUAAAUUUUAUCCUUCUGAGUUUGACAUUGACAUGAAUGGAAAACGCUUUGCUUGGCAGGGUGUAGCCAAAUUGCCUUUCAUCGAGGAAAGGAAGUUGCUUGCUGUAACAAAGAAGCUUGAGGACACUUUAACGGAGGAAGAGCGGGUUCGGAAUAGUGUGAUGCUUGACUUGUUGUACGUCAAUCCAAUGCAUCCUUUGGCUGCAGAAAUUCUCUCUUACUAUCAGCUUUACUAUCAAUUACCGCCACAUGAAAGAGAUGCUUGGAAAAUCAACCCGAAUAUUAGUGGUGGAAUGAAUGGUUGUCUUUGGUUGUGUGAACGCAAUGCAUAUAGAAAUGUCGUGCCUUCUCCUGUCAAUGGAUUGCCGGACUUGGAGUACAACCAAGUUUUAAACGUUACGUACCUCAAUCCUAGAAAUCACAGACACAUUCCAGAACCUCCCAGUGGUGUCAUCAUGCCUGAAAAGGUGCUAAGACCCAUAGACAUAAAACCAUUCCCUGCAUUAUGGCAUGAAGAUAAUGGUGGCCGACGCCAGCAAGGUAGAGAAAGGCCACAAGUAACUGGAGGUAUGGCUCUCCCACUAUUGGGGGAUGCUGCUCAUCGUCUGGUUAGGAAUUCACUCGGUGUAAAAACCAAGAGUACAUCUAAUGGAAUUCCAGCACAACCACCAUACCAUAAUAACACAUCCAACUAUGUGGUCAACAGACCUAGACCGGCUGGACCCUCUGGGUAUGAAAGGGGCCCAAAUUCUUCUUAUUAUGCUAACCCUCAGAGCAUCACUAGCUCUAGAUAUCCUUACUCAUCGAGUAGCCCGCUAGACAACAGACGUAACUUUCGGGCACAGGAUAGAUUACAAUACCAAGAUCAAUAUCGUGACUUGAGGACUGAGAUAUCUGCUUUGACGGUAGAAUGUCUCAGAAGCAGGGCACCUGCUGCGAUGCCCCCAAGGAUGCCUCAUUCCGGACACUUACCAAACAUACAGCAGCCGUUUGCACAGGACAUUGGUCCACUUCCAUCACCGCCUGCCAAAUGGAUCAACAAAGCAACUAGUGGCAGUGCCUCGUCAAGUGGAGCUUAUGAGAAACAAGUGAAGAAGGUUUAUCAAGUCAAGACACAGGUACCCCAAGAAGCCAGCAGUGACCGUUACCCGGUAAAUUGAAUGCAUGCUCAUAUUUUCAACCUGAGAUGAACUGGCAUGGCAUUGUUGAGCCCCCAGUUUUUGAGAGUGAUACCUUAUGCGGUUACUGUGGUUACCGUCCCGAAAACCUAGGGAAAAAGAAGAGCACCAUUCUCUAUGUUCUUUCUGAGCCAUCAAAAGGUUCAUGCACAAUGACCAUUGAAGAUUCUCGGUUUGAAGUGGCUGGAGGUUUUUAUUCUGGAGCUACUUUUACAAAUUAUUGCACUGAUUGUACAACAGGCAUGUCAAUUGACAAUAGGUUUACAUAGACAGACAGACAGGGUCGUGUAAUUCUUUGUAUAUGUUUUCAUAGGUGGACGGAUCAGCUAAUAAGUAGCUGACCGGUGUUGCAUGGGGGAACAUGCAAUUGAAAGCAAUGUUGCUUGUAUCAUUUAGCUUUUAACCCUUGCUAUUCCAUGUUUAUUUAUCAUGAGCUUUUACAGCC